CAGAAGGAGAAGGAUAGUCACAGGGACAGCCGACGCCACCGCAAGCAGAGAGAGAUGGGCGUGUACAGUUGGCUCCUCCUUCUGCUCUCUGUCUGCUGGCUCCUCCCUCACCGCGGUUGCCGUGGUAGCAGGAUCCUGGUGGUCCCGGUGGAUGGCAGCCAUUGGGUGAACAUGGAGGUGCUGGUGCGGGAGCUGCACUCACGAGGACACCACCUCACCGUGCUGCGUCCCAGUGACAGCUGGUUCAUCGCGAAGAGCGCUCCGCACUAUGACUCCAUCACCGUGAUGAUGGGGGAGAGCGAGGUCGGCCUGGGGUUCUUCCAUGGCAUGGUGGGGCAGGUGCUGGAGGCCAGGAAGAGGGGGCCGGUCCUACGCUUCCUCCACCAGCAGAAGGAGCUGGCGGCCCUGCUGAGAAUCGCUCACAGGGCCACCUGCAGGAUGCUCACCACUUUACUGGAGGACCACAGCCUGGUGGCCCAGCUCAAGGACACCCAGUUUGACCUGAUGCUCACUGACCCUGCUAUGCCCGCAGGCACCGUCCUCGCCCACUACCUCCACCUCCCCCUGGUCUACAACGCCCGCUGGACAAGUUUCGGGGAGGGUCACUUUGAAAUCGCUCCAUCGCCCCCCUCAUAUGUCCCCGUCCCUGGGUCUGAGCUGGGGGACCACAUGGGCCUGCGUGAGAGGGCCCGGAACCUUCUACAGUAUGCCACCAACUUCCUGCAGGAGAGGCUGGUCAUCCUGCCGCUGUACCGUGAGCUUCUCCGCCUCCACUUCCCCCCAGGAGCUGACCUGCCCUCCAUGCAGCGCGCUGCCGACCUCUGGCUGAUGCGGACUGACUUUGUCUUCGAGUUCCCGCGCCCCACCAUGCCCAAUGUGGUCUACAUGGGGGGGUUCCAGUGCCGCCCGCCCCGCCCCCUCCCGCCCGAGCUGGAGGAGUUCAUGCAGAGCUCAGGGGAGCACGGCGUGGUGGUGAUGUCACUGGGCACGCUCAUCUCCGCCCUCCCCAUGGAGAUCACCGAGAGGAUCGCCGCCGCCCUCGCCCGCCUGCCGCAGAAGGUGGUGUGGAGGUACGUGGGCAAGAAGCCUUCCACCCUGGGCAACAACACCCUGCUGCUGGACUGGCUGCCCCAAAACGACCUGCUGGGCCACCCCAAGACCCGGGCCUUCCUGGCGCACGGCGGCACCAAUGGUCUCUACGAGGCUAUCUACCAUGGCGUGCCCGUGCUGGGCCUGCCGCUGCUCUUUGACCAGUUCGACAACGUGCUGCGCUUGCAGCUUCGAGGGGCGGCGCGGGUGCUGGAGGCGGCCACGCUCUCCACGGAGGAGGUGCUGGAGGCUCUGCAGGGUGUCCUGGAGAACCCCUCCUACCGGCACUCCAUGCAGAGGCUGUCCCGCCUGCACCGCGACCGGCCCCUCUCCCCACUGCACAGUGCCAUCUUCUGGAUCGAAUACGUCAUCAGGCACAGGGGGGCUGCGCACCUGCGCAGCGUGGCCUACCGCCUGCCCUGGUACUCCUACCACAGCCUGGACGUGGCGGCGCUGCUCCUGGCCCUGGCAGGAGCCUCUCUCUGGGCCGUGCUCACCGCCUGCAGGCUGCUGAGGCCUCGCUUGGUCCCCAGGCACAGGAAGGCCUGA